UUGUAACUACGUUUCACGUUAAAAUUAUCGCCGUGGACUGUCUAUUGAAUGUCUAUAGCCCUCUUGCUGUUGCAUAUCAUUAAUCUUACACGCAGACCGUUAUAAUCCGAAAAUUUAAAACCGAUUUCUGCGUACUUCGGGUUUCCUGCGGCAGCUUGACAGUUGUUGCAGUCAGGGUCGAUCCAAAAGAAAGCCGAAGUCUUAGCCUUGAACUUGGAUGUAAGCACAAAAACAAAGCCGGGACUGGAGAAGAUUUGCGUUUUAUUGUCACGCUUCUUCCAAGAUGGACGUUGGAGUGUCCAAGUCCCAUGUGUUUCUCAACUACAGCCCCAGAGCCCUCUUCUCCCAGUGGAGCAUCCCGCUGGGUGCACAGCGCGUCAUGGAUGCAGUGAAGGAGGGUCAAAAGAGCAGCCUGAGCUCAGGCAAAAUGAUGGCUCUCGCUGCAGGUCUCUCUGUCGGGGCCACAGUGGGCUACAUGGUUUAUCGCCACAUAAGCAGCACCAACAGCACACGCCAGGGGCCCAACACUGAAGUGUCCAAGAUGACUCUUCCUGUAGAAGUCUAUAGGAACAUAUCCAGAUACCAAGCCAAGUUUUUAGAGAUGGUGACCCAGAAGUCCGGGGCUCAUGUGAGGGUUUUGUCAGAUUCAGGGGAACAUGGAAGUAAGACAUCUGUAUGUUUCCUGCUGCAGGGCUCUGCAGAGCAGGUCUUGCUUGCUCGCUGUGUCAUGGAGAACCUGGUCACGGAAUGUGAAAUGGUAUCGGAGGUUUUGGAAGUUCCUCAAACCUCCUUUGGACGUAUAAUAGGCCGUGGUGGAGAAAGCUUGAAACUGAUCACCAGGACCACAGGAGCCAAAGUGGCCUGUUCUAAAGAGAAGGCUUAUGGUCCAGGGGCAAAGGGCAAUGUGACAAUCGCAGGGACCAGACAGGAGGUCAAACAGGCCAAGGAGCUGAUUCUAGAAAAAGUCAGAGAAGACAUGAUGGUGAGGACAAAGAUCUCACAGUCAUCUGCCCUGCGCCAGAAACGUGGCCAUGAUGUUGUAAAUCAGAAGCCCGAGAGCGAGGAGACUGAACCACCACUGGGUGUAAACAACAAUGGGCCCUUUUCCCAGACAGAGAAGAAUGGACUCAUCCACGCUAAUGGCACCACAAAACAACCAGAAAAUAUAUUUGACAAAGUGGAGGAGCUGAAAAUCAGCAAGACAGUCAGGAAAGAGGAGGAGGAAGAGGAGAGUAUCUCUACAGAGUCACUCUCUGAAGUGUCCAAGUUUGAAAUUCCCAGCCCAGACCUGAGCUUCCAGCCUGAUGAACACUUGGAAGUUUACGUUUCUGCUUCAGAGAACCCAAAUCAUUUCUGGAUCCAGAUCCUGGGGGUUCGCUCCCUCCAACUGGACAAACUGACAGAGGAGAUGAACCGCUUCUACAACAGUGGACACCCUCCAGAGCACAGGGUGGAGACCAUUGUAGUGGGGGAUAUAGUGGCAGCUACAUACCGAAACUACGGCACAUGGAACAGAGCAAGGGUGCUUGGAGUUCUUAACUCUGGACUGGUGGACCUUUAUUAUGUUGACUUUGGGGACAAUGGAGAGCUGCCCAGAGAUAGCCUCCGCCGCAUGAGGAGUGACUUCCUCAGCUUACCAUUCCAAGCUAUUGAGUGCAACUUAGCAGGGGUGAGGCCAAAAGAAGGCGUGUGGACUGAGGCAGCCCUGGAUGAGUUUGAGCGGCUGACGUAUUGUGCCUCUUGGAAACCCCUGCAGGCCAAACUCUGCAGCUACUCUCACUCUGAGAUCUCCUCCUGGCCCAGUGUCAAGCUCUACGACAACAGUGAGGGCAAGACUGUGGAUAUUGGUGAAGAGCUCAUACGGCUGGAUCAUGCUGUCAGCUUCCAGGAGGUGCUGAAUGUGAGGACUGAGGGUGACAAUCUUGGCUGUCUGCAGAGGAUGUUGGAUGAUGUAAUAGGAGCAUCAUCAGAGCUCAGCCUCUCCUGUAUCAGUUUAUCAGAAGCUGCCUCAAUCUCAGGAAGUGUUGAUGAUGUCAUAGAGGAUGAGCUGCUGUGAGACCAAAGACGCACAUAAAUAUAAAGUACCUUUUCUCCUUGUAUCUCCCAGCACUGACCACCAUCUCCUCAGCAUCAGUCCAAAUGAGAUGAAGAGGAGGUCUCUUUGUCUGAUCCAAACUCAACCGCAUAAAUCCUCAUUGUGAAGCCUUACCCACUUGAUGAGCGUGCGACAGCUCUUCCAGCCAUAUUCACUCUGUUGUUGUUACUUCAGUAAUAAUUAAGUUUUGCCUUUUUCAUGUUCUGUUCUGUACCCAAUGCUGCUUUGCUUAAAUGUAUUGCUACUACAUUUAUGUGUUCAAGAAAUGAGAAGUGAAACAAAAACAGAAUGCCAUUAUUAUUAUUAAAGCACUGUGAUAUGAAUCAAUGGAACCAGAAGGCAGCUGGUUUAUGGCUAAUAAUACCUAGUUUAUUUCUUUACUUGUAUGUUCAUUGGAAUUUAAUUACCUAUGUAUUGGGCCUCACAAGUUGUUAUCUGUUGGCAAAUAUACAGUGUUAUUGACUGUGGUCUUCAGUUUGUGUUUAGGAUGAAAAUGUGGUAUCUACUAUAUCUUUACCUGAGUAAAGAAGAAAGUUUAUCUUAAGAGGUGUAAUAGAUUGCACUAUAUAAUAAUAAAGGAUUUAUUUUAUUUCACAA